AUGCAUGUGGCCGCGGUGCUUCUUCUGAGCCAAAUUGGGAGUGUUGGAGCUGUUGGAGCUGUUGGAGCUGUUGGAGCUGGAGCAAAGCGAUCAUCUCUAAUUCGCUAUGAAAUCUCUCCCGCUGCGAGCCUUCUGACGGCUCAGUCUGAGCCGGUCCAACCAGUCCAACCGGUCCAACACAGUGCGCACUCGGAGAUCGAAUGUUCAGACUGCUGCAACGAUGGUCAAAAGAACGUUCCCUGUGCCGAUGUUGAAGAAUGUGCCAAGACAGCACCAAACACCGGCAAGUAUGCAUUGAUUCUGUCCUACGUUGGAAAGAUGGGUCUGGAAGCCCUCCCCUUUCUGGAAUCUGCCAAAGCAGCGGCAGAAUUGGCCAACAAGGCAGAUAUCCUUAUUCUUAUGAUGAAGUCUGAUGCGGUCACCAUGAACAUCUCUGUGCGCCAGAAGUUGCAGGAACAAGGUGUUCAAGUGCAUGUUGUUGACUGGGCAUUGCCGCCGAGCAUGAAAUAUAUCAAGCAGCAGAACUGGUGUGGACAGAAGGAUUUCAUCCGCUUACAUGCUCUAGGACUUGAUAGCUAUGAUGCAGUGGCAUAUUUUGACAAUGACAUCGAGUUUCAGGGCGACAUCACCCCCGUUCUCAGAUGCGCUUCUGCAGGCAACUUCUUAACGACUAAUGGAGGUUUGGGGGAGGCGCUCAAUGUGGGCUUCUUCGCUCUCAAGCCUCACCGCUUGCUCUUGCAGGCAGCUGAGGAGUUUGCGAAAGAAGCAGACUACUCUGAGCUCAAUGGCUGGGCAGAAGAAGGGUGGAAGCCAUGCAAUGGUUACUAUGUUGGAGGAGAAUGUGGACAAGGCUUCUUUCAUACCUUAUUUUACAAGAGACAAACCAUUUUGAAAGAAAAACUCCUGGGAGCUGGGCAGAAGUGGAAUCCGCUCCAGAUCGACAAGUGCAUCUGGAACUAUCAGACCACGUUUCAGUGCGACAGGGAUUUUGACUGUUCUCGAGUGCGCGUGCAUCACAAACCAAUGAAGCCUGGUUCUGAUCCCCGUGAGUGUUUGAAAACGAAGGGUAAAGUCCUGGCAUCGAAGACGUCAAGUCCAAUCAGUGCGACGAGCCACUCUUUGGUCCGGUUGCUCUCCACAAAUGAACCUGCACGUCACAAAGAUGGUGACAAGACGGCCCGAUUUGGAUUCUACUUUCCUGUACAUGAUCAAGUAGAAGGUGUCAUUGAGGUUUUAAAAUCAGCCAGGCACUUCUAUCCGGAGGCGCCGAUUUAUGUCCUGCAGGAUGGUGGCUCUGUUGAUUUCGGCCCUUUGUGCAAGCUGCCAAGGUUUAAUUGCACUUUCGAACGAGCGCCUGGUGAGAACAGCCGGUGGAAUCCACACUCUUGGUUCGCCCGGAUGAGAAACGCCACUGAAUUCCUUCAAACAGAGUAUGUCAUAUAUCUGGAACCAGAUGUGAAGAUCACUCGGCGACAUAUCAGAGAUCCACUGAAUGAUGCUGGAGGUGUCUAUGACAAUUUUAACCCCAGCAUGAGCACUGAAACCAAGGCAUAUCUGGAAAGACUGGGAGGUGACAGAGAGCCUUGCUUUAAUAUUACCUGGACGCAUUUUGGUCUAUGUGGUGGAUCCUACUUUCGGUCAGAAGCAAUCCUGGAUGCUUUCAAACCAGAACAUGUACUGCGAAUUGACUGGAAGAAGCUCAGAGAGAAGGAAGGUGACAAGACUAUGAGCAGCGACUUCGCAAUGCUUGUGGCUCUUUCUGCACGAGCUUGGACGGUCUACCCGUGGGAGGAAAGCGCUCAGUACUUCAACGAUGCCCCAAAGGAUCCAUCCCAUCUUUUGCAAUUUCAGAAACGAUGGCCAGCAUUCAAUGCAUCUGCUGCCUUUCAGCACAACCACAAGGAGUUGUACCAUGCAAAUAUCAGCAACGACGAGAGAACGGUUGUUGCUGCAUUUUCCGACAGUGCAGCCGACACCACUUGUCAUGGCUGCGUUUGGUACAAGGAUGGAAGACCCCAGUCGCGGAUGCGCAUUCCGAGUGAUCCUCCAAACAUUGAAGGUGAAUUCAGCUUCACUUUCUCUGGUGUGUUGAAUCGCACAGCCUGCGCGACCGCCAAGAGUUCACUGCACUUCCCCGGCUCCUUGCUGGCUCAUCCGGACUACAUCCUAAAUGCAGGCAGUGAUGGAUUGCCGCUGGCCAAAGAUCACCCAUCGUGGCUGCUGAAAAGCGAUGCUUUGGUGGUGGAUGCAAGGCGCAAGGAUGGUGGUGGCAUGCUCAUCUUGCAGCCUGUCUUCAUGGAAGCAGGACCGCUGUGGGGUCAAGCUUCGACUCCUCGCCCUCGCUGGUUGCGCUCAAUUUUGGCCACCAACCGCCUUCAUGCACGCAGAUAUGGUCAUGCAAUGGUUAUCAGGUGGUUGCCGAGCAAGCCUCAGCUAUUGGAUUGGCAACGACAGCAAUGUGGCGAUCUGUCUGAGAAGGAAUGCACGAAGCAAAAUGAGCGGGAGAAUUUCAACUGGGAAAAGCAUCGCAUGUUGCAGGAGUACCUUGAAAGCUCCCAGAAUUUCAGCCAUGUGAUGAUGUUAGAUGCUGAUGCUGCUUUGGUGCGUCAUGAGCACAACAUUUUGGGCUCUGUUGCAAAGCAGCUAGCUAUCCAGAACCGAGAUAUUUUCUUCACCAAUGAAGAUUGGCUGGAGUCUGGUUCGAAGAGGAUCAAUGGUGGCGUAAUCUUUGCCCGCAACAGGCCAUUUGCUAAGGACCUUUUCAAGGACACCGUUGAUGCUCAUUCCAUGGGUCCUCAAGGCUUAGCAAGUUGGCGCAUUGGCAUCAAGAAUCACCAGUGCACCAGCAACGAGCAGAUUUGCUUGAAUGAUGCAAUGGAUGCAAGCUCAGAAAUGAGAGCUCACGUUCUUCUGGCGAGCGGAAUCCGCUACAACCGGGGUGGUUGUACUCUUCGUCACUGUGGCGAACCUAUCAGUGACGAAAAUCUGAAACUGGGCCUGGAUGACCCCCGCCUCGAGAUCCUUCAUUUCAUGGGUUCCGACCUCGGAGCAAAUGAAAUAAGACUUGGUGCCUCAGUCGAUCGUGUGAAGCGACUCUGGCAACAGGCGACGACGACUUUCGAAUCGACACAAGCAGCCAAGGAGCGGGAAAAUACUGCGGCCUUGGAGGAGCAACGCAAGUCUCUGGAAGAGCGUGCCUUUCAGGUGGAUUUGGAACAUCAGGAGCAAAUCUCAAAGCGUGACUCAGAGAUCACCGCCCUGCAGCAACGCCUGGAGGCUUUGCUCGGUGAACACGUAGAGAAGGAGGAUGCCAAGGUGACGCUCUCACAGCAAGUACAGGUCCUGCAAGAGGAGCUUGACAAGUCGCAGAAGGAAUGCGAAGCUAUGGCCUCUGAGUUGGAGGAGGUGCAGGCAACCCAAAAACGGCUGGACUACCAGUGGAGUGCAGAGCGUGAGGAGUUGGUCCGGACACGUGAUGCUGCACAAAGUCAAGUGGGAACUUUACAGAGGUCUUUGGAUGAAGCAGUUGAGAGGAGUGAGACUUUGGAAAUCAAAUGUGUUCAGCGAGCCGAGAAGCUCGAGCAGAUGAGGACCAUGAUGGAUGAGCAGGAGUUGGAGCUGAGCCAGAAGAUGGAAAGGGUGCAACAAUAUGUGAAAGAGCGACAAGCAACUGCUUUGGUUGCUGAGAAGAAGCAACAGGAUGCAGAGAAGAUGGCCGAACGCUGGCAGAAUGAAGUGCGCCGUUGCCAGGCCGAGAAGGAACGACUCUCGAGCUUGGUGAUGGAGCUGGAAGGGCGCCACACUGGACAAGCAGAGCAGUGGCAAGGUGCUGUGGAGCGACACCGCCGUGAGGUCACCGCAUUGGAAGAUGCCCUCAGAAAGCAGGAGUCAGAGAUGAAGGAGGCAAACUCCGAAAUACUUUCCAAGAGAGACGAGGAAUACCACGCAAAGGUGGCUCUUGAAAAGCAGCGGGAAAAAGAACGCUCUAUUGCCCUCCUCAAAAAAAAAGAGCAAGAGGUUCACAUUAAGGACCAACAGCUGCGGGCAGCCAAACAGCGUAUCCAGGAGCUGGAGAGCGAGCUUCGGAUACCAGGCGACGUACCUGUUGACAAGCGAUCUAAGGAAGUUCGUGGUGAUACGAGCCUUCCACCGUUGCUUUCAGCUCGAUGA